AAACAGCUCUAAAUGUCACCAUCAGGUAGUUGAUGAACUUGAAAACAGUUGUACACAGAUGACCCAACCUUCACCCAAAAUUUCCUAGCUCGAAAUUAGGGUUUUUGUUGUCAUUUGUAGACCUAACAAUCUCCUUCGAUUAUCUCAUCGCUACUUGAAACAAUGGGCAAUACAUCUUCGAUGCUCACUCAGUACGACAUCGAAGAGGUUCAAGAGCACUGCAAUCAUACAUUUUCACAGCAGGAGAUAGUGUCUCUAUACCAGAGAUUUUGUCAGCUCGAUCGCAACGGUGGCGGCUUCGUCUCCGCCGACGAGAUCUUCUCCGUACCUGAAUUCGCCGUCAAUCCUCUCUCUCAGAGAUUGAUGAGGAUGUUGGAUGGAUUGAAUUUCAAGGAAUUCGUAGCAUUCUUGUCCGCAUUUAGUUCUCGUGCAAGCUUGCAACAAAAAGUCGAAUUCAUCUUCAAGGUUUAUGAUUCUGAUGGCAACGGAAAGGUUGCAUUCAAUGAUAUGUUGGAUGUUCUACGCGAUUUGACUGGACAAUUUAUAUCUGAACCACAAAGGGAGAAAGUUCUGACCCAUGUGCUCGAGGAAGCAGGCUACACAAAGGAUUCUUUGUUAAUUGCAGCGGACUUUGUCAAGAUUCUUGGAAACUCUGAUUUGAAGAUGGAAGUUGAGGUCCCCGUAGAUUGAAUUGAUGAUAGUGAGUGUUGCAAUGGAAGUUUCUUAAAAUAACGGAGCUCCAGUUAGGUUGCGCUGCUUGCGAUAUGUCCUUGUGUACAAAAUUUUAUCCUACAUUAUGCUGGUAGUUUGUAUCGAAAUAUUUCCCCCUCACCCAUUGUUGCUUUAUUAACAGUUUGAAAUCAUUAAUUUUCCAAGUUAUGCACAUGUUUUGCGACGUC